CCUCCUCUCCCCGCGGGCAGGCGGGUGCGGCGGCAGACGGCGGGACCGGCAGCAGAGGGUGCCCCUCUCAGUCCUCGCCCGCCGCUGCCCGGGGGGAGCAGCUGGGACCGGCCGCAUCCCGGGGGAAUGAGCACCCCAGUUCCCUGGGAAGAGUCUGCCUCGGGCGGCCAUCGCCUCCUCCCAUGACAUCCUCUCCUCGGGACCAGGCUGGGGUGCUGGCUGCCCCCGUGCCUCCGGUCUGGGUCGGGGGAGCGCCCUCCUCCUUCUCCGAGGCUUUCCGAGAGGUGCUGACUUUUGAAAUUGGGAACACCCCUCCGCAGCAAAGGGGCCGGUGGGGCUGGGACCCCUCCGGGUGGGGGAUCUCCCAGUUCUGGUCCCUGCACAGAGGCAGCUGCAGACCCACGGGGUUUGCAGCCCCUUCGCCAUCCCCAGGGCUCGACUCUCACCCCCCGGGGGGCUGGCAGCCAGAACCCCCCUCCCCAGCUGCCCACAGCCACAAACUCCAGGACAAAACGGCCCCCUCAGUACCUGGCACUGCGGAGACCCUCGGCUCCUUUCCCCACCCCAGUGCUCUGCGCGCACCCAUCGCUGACUUUAUAAGGCCGAGACGGGUGGUGAUUUUUGUUUUGGGGGGGUGGGGGAAAGCAGGAGAAGAAGAAACUCCUUUCCUCGUGUGCUCUUCCCUGCUGUCAUUCACUCUGCUCUUUUCAGCAUCCAGCCAAUGGAGAGUGAGGGCCCGCGAGCAGCAGGCCUGGGGUAGCGUGAUUGAUGGGCAAGCGGGGCGGCGGGGCGAUCGCGAUCGCACUCCGCUCCGAGCUGCUCCGCGGGGCUCUCGGUCCCCACGCCCGCGGCGGCGAGGGGUCCCCGGGGCACCCUUUUCUGUCUGUCUGUCCGUCUGUCUGUCUUGGGUGCGUGGCUCCCGGCUCAGGGCGGUUAUGUCUUAGUGGCGUGGGGUUGCCGGGUCUCAUCAGUGUGCGUUGGGUGUGAGGGGGGGGUCGUGUCUCUACUCUUAGAGGCUGUUGGGGUGCGUGGCGGGGUUGUGUCCCGAGUGUGCAGCUCCUGCCCCUCGGCUGGGCACGGCUGGGGAUGUUCAGCUCCUGCGCCCGGGCUGCGCAUGGCUGUGCUGCUGUCUCUUUGGGCUGAGGGUGUAGCUGCUGUGUCCUGGCUGUGCGUGGGUUGUGUUGGGAUGCGGUACUGCCGUGACUGAGGGUGUCGGUGCCGUGUCUCUGCUGCUCGUGGGGUGCCUUAGGGUGCUGUGCCUUUAGGGUGCGCGGCUGCUGUGCUGCGGGACUGAGGGUGUAGCUGCCGUGUUCCGUGUGUAGUGUAUCUUGAGGUGCGUGUCCAGGCUGUGUGUAGUGUCUUGGGGUGAGUGGCUGCCGUGCUGCGGCGCUGAGUGUAGCUGCCACCUGCCUGCUGCGCGUGGUGUGUCUUGGGGUGCACGGCCGCUGUGCUACGGGACUGAGGGUGUAGCUGCCGUGUCCCUGUUACGUGUGUUGGGGUGCUGUGCGUGGUGUGUUUUAGGGUGCGCGGCUGCCGUGCGAUGGGACUGAGGGUGUAACCGCCGUGUCCUGACCGUGUGUAGCGUGUCUUGGGGUGCGCGGCUGCCGAGCUGCGGGACUGAGCAGCUGCCGCCUCCCUGCUGUGCCUGGUGUGUCGGGGUGCUUGUCGGGGUGCGCGGCUGCCGUGCCAUGCGGGCGUAGCUGCCGCGUCCCCGCCGUGCCUGGCUCUGUUGCGCUGCUCCGCAGCUGUGUCAGGGGUGCGCGACCGCCGUCCGAUGGGACCGAGCGCGUAGCUCGGUGUCUGGGCGGUGCGGGGCUGCGCUGCCCUGCCCGGGGCUGCCGUUCGGCCCCGGUGCCGCGGGGCGUCGUGGCGGCAAUGGAGCACCUCGGCGCUCACCACCUGCACCAAGGCCAAGCCGAGCCCAUCAGCUUCGGCAUCGACCAGAUCCUCAACACCUCGGAGCCGGGCAGCUGCAUGGUGUCCCACCCGCGGCUGCAGGAUUCGGCGGAUUACGGGCUGGGCUGCAUCGUGGGCAGCGCUUACAACACGGUCACGGGUGGCUACGGGGCGAGCGGCGGAGCGGCCGGCGCCUACACCGGCACCUCCUGCAGCAUGGGCGGCCUGCCCGGCUCCUACAACGUGAACAUGGCCGUGAGCAUGAACGGCAACACCUUGAGCUCUGCCGGCGGGGUGAUCCGCGUCCCGGCCCAUCGCCCCGUGGCCGGCGGCGUGCACCAGCCCCUCUCCGCCGCCGUGCCCGCCGUGAACGGCAUCAACAGCCUCACGGGGCUCACCUUCCCCUGGAUGGAGAGCAACAGGCGGUACACAAAGGACAGGUUCACAGUUGCCCUCUCACCCUUCACUGUAACACGCCGUAUAGGUCACCCCUAUCAGAACCGUACGCCCCCCAAGAAGAAGAAGCCGCGCACCUCCUUCACCCGCCUGCAGAUCUGCGAGCUGGAGAAGCGCUUCCACCGGCAGAAGUACCUGGCCUCGGCCGAGCGCGCUGCCCUGGCCAAGGCCCUCAAAAUGACGGACGCCCAGGUGAAGACCUGGUUCCAGAACCGGCGCACCAAGUGGAGGAGGCAAACAGCAGAGGAGCGGGAGGCUGAACGGCAGCAAGCAAAUCGCAUCCUCAUGCAGCUGCAGCAGGAGGCCUUCCAAAAAACCAUCAACCAGCCCAUCCAAGCUGACCCCAUCUGUGUCCACAACUCCUCACUCUUCGCCCUGCAGAACCUCCAGCCUUGGUCUGAUGACUCCACCAAGAUCACCAGCGUCACCUCUGUUGCCUCUGCUUGUGAAUAACGCUGGCACCCGCCGGUGCACCUUCUACCGGCAGGGCUGUCCUCAGUGGGAUGCGUGGCAUCCCCGUUUGUUGCCUGGGAAGGCUGGCACCCUGCAGUCCUCCAGCCACACAUGCAUCCCAUGCUUUCAACUAGGGAAGCUCUCUGUGAGGACCAAAAGGAAGGGAAAUCGCCCCAAAAACUCUCCCUGUCUGUGGGAUUACUGCAGGAGUGGUGGAGCCUCACCUCCCCCCAGCUCUUUUGUUCUCUUGAAAGUCUCUGGUGCCGAUCAUGAACUUGCUGACAUGCUGCCAGACAAAAGCCUAGUCCUGACAGACACGGCUGCCGGCAUUCGCCCAGCCAGGAGAGAGAAAACUUCCUUUGGAUUCCACUGCCAGUGGUGCAAAGCCUGUGGUCACCCUUAUAUACCCAUAUAUAUAUAUGUAUAUAUAUGUGUGUAUGUACUUUGGACUGAUGGCUUGAAACAAAAGGAUGAGGCUCCCUGGAAAGCGCGCCUCUGCCGUGAGUCUCCUCUGGUUGUCCGUGCGGGAGCCAUUCGGGGAUGCAACAAAUGGAGGAAACAGCAGCAAUUUCUGCUUGCGCCAGAUGGGAACCCUUCGGAUCUCACCUCACUGUCUCUCCUCCCCUUUUUCAUUAAUUUCUUCUUGCGAGAGGGGAAUAAGAGAAGGAUCUGACAGACUCCUGAGGACGGUAAAUAUGAUAUCUCAAUUGUAUGAAGAACCCAAACUGUCCCCGGCUGCCACGGACUCAGUGCCCAUCAGCGUGUGUUUUAAUAACAAGAAGACCUUAGUGGCAGUUGGUGGGGGUAAUGCAGUUUCUGUGAGUUAUUUCCAUAUCACUUGCAAAAUGUUGUCCAAUAUUUUAUUUUACCUGUUUCCCUUUAGAAGGUGAUUCCUGAUGGCAAAAGAUCGAUUUCAGUCUCAACCAUUUAACUUAGUUGUUUCUUUAAUUGUACCGAGGGAAUGAGACACAAUUAAACAAAGCACUUCUUUUAGCAAAAGUCAGGAAUAUAUAGAUAUAUAUACAGUAUAUAUUUUUCAGUUACUUGUAAUCUAAAGCAGCACUGCCAAUUUAAGUAGCUAGUACAAACACGCAAUCAGAAAACCUAUUUUCAGUGAGAAUUUUAAAGGCACCCAUUCUUUUGUUGUUUUUUUUUUUUUAAGUUAUGCACUUACAAGGUGGUUUAUGUGUAUUCAUUUUAUAAAGUGCUUGUGUAAUUUAUGUGGAAAUGAAAAGAAAAUAAAAAAAAAAUUCUCCAGGGUACUGAAUAAAUCAUUUAAAGCCUUGCUCUUCCUUGUGUAUUAGUUCCCCAAGAGAAGACAGCAUAUCACAGCUAAUGCCGAAGCCUCUGCCAUUUGUUUAAAAUGAAAAUAGAGUUAGCAUUUCCAUUUGACUUUGCUCACUCAGAUCCAUUUUUCUUUGGAAGCUCCAGAGGUUAAUUUGCUGUAUUUUAAUCCCCGAUCCUCUAAAAGUUCGCCGGCUUUGACCCAGCAGUGUUUUUAGUACCUACUUUAAUCAAAGUCUUUCUAGGGAGGUUCUGGGAGAAUGGGAAUUGCGCAGGGACUUGGCCUUAAACACGUUGAAUAAUUUCUUGAAUAAGAUCUUGGAAUGGGGUCUCGCUUGGUCUAGAGGAUCUAGAGAGAUUCAUGUCUGAAACUUUAUAUAUAAAGCCCCAUUUGGAUUUAAAGAAAUGUUUGUUUUAGUGAUAACCUUGCGGGGAAUUAUUCUAGGGACACUGCAUUCUGUUCAUGCUCAGCCCUGUUCGGGGACAUCGUCCUCAGCUAGACGAGCCUUUCUCAGAGGGAAAUCAAACCAGUGGGAAAACUCCUAUUGGUGUUGGAGGACAGGAUUGAAAAGGGGGGGCCAGCCAUGAGCUGCUGGUGGGGACCCACAGAUGUGGCCCUGGUGUCCAGGAUUUCUGUGGGAUGUGGGCAACAAAAUACCCAGAGCCUUUCAUAGCCGGUGGUUGAUAGCGUUCCUGGAAGCCGGGUCCUCUCGGUCCAGCAUUGCUGGGAGUUUGUUAAGGGAGUGUAUGAACAGCCGGCUUUAUCCAAAUGAUUAUUGCAGGAUUGGGCUGAAACUUUAUGGUGCUGCAGGAUUUUCCCAUCCUGCAGUCCACCCCACAGAGGAACACAGAGAAACAUCCGCCGUUAUGGAGAGACAAGAAGACAGGGAAAAAGAAAGACUAAAAAGGGAAAAAGAGAGAUAAAAUGCAGGAAAAUAAGUAAACAAGGAAAGCACAUUUUUUGAGAUAACUUUAAAAGAUGCCCCCCAGAACCUGCUAAAAUAAAAUACUUUGUAUUUUUUCCAAGAUAAAUUUCACAGCAGUCUUCUGUUUGAAUUCUGUUUCCUACCACAGAUAGGUGUUUAGGAGCUGAUUGAGCUAAUUAUUUAAUACGUGCUCAACUUUGCUACAAAGAUAAUGCUGGGCUUAGGGCUUACUCCUUCAGAAGGCAUCGCUGUGAGCAAAUCUUUAAUGGUUCACAGUUUGUUGCAGUGUAUGUUUUUGUUUGCAAGGUUUCUGCGUAGGAAAAAGCACCGACCACAAAAUAUUAAUAAAAAAAGAUGAUGGAGCUCACUGUUGAUAUUAAAAGUGUUUUCUAUUUUAUUAUUAUGACACAUCAAUAUCUUAAAAUUUAAUUCCAAGACAGCCAUUUUAUAAUAUCCACAUUAUUCAGUUCAUAUUCCAAAAUGUUCCCCAGCAAAGUUGAAUGUAUGAUAAUGCAUGUUCAAGGGCAUGUGUUUAGAUACAAUAUUUAACUACAUCAUGUUCCUGAAACUGUUGACUUCCUUCUUUUCUUAUUAAUCUUUCCUGUUAAAAAAAAAAAAAGACCAAAAGAAAAAAAAAGAAAUUUGAAUAUAUGUAACAUUGGAACCAGAGAAAUAGUUAAUCAGUCUUUCUUGUCCCUGGAAAGAUUAUUUCUGGAAGGAAUUUCUUUUAAAAUGUUUCUUCUGUAUUCAUAUUUAAAAUGGGCUUAGUGGCAGGAGGUAGUUUUAGUAUCUGCAUAUGUGCUUCCAGAUAUUAAUAUGAUGAUCUGUACCCAGACAAUAAAAGUUGCCUGAAAUAUGAUGGAAUUAAAUCAAUAAGCAAUGACAUGAAACGAUGACACAUAAUGAUAUGUUUUGUAGACUGACACCACCUCAGCCAUAUCCCGGGGCCAUCCAUACCACGAUGAAAGCUGAUUUAAUUUUUUGUAUUCUACCUAUUUGGGAACAGGAAUAAAAUUGCAUUAAGAUACCUUGAAAGUCAUUUCCCCUUUACCUCUAUCUCAAAAUGUAGCGAAUCCCAAAUGUGAAAUGGGAGUUAGGGAGAAAUGUUUUUCCACUCUUUGCCUCUAUUUAGGAAAUAUAGACUAAGAUAGAGUGAACCUGGGCUGGAGUGGGCAAGCCUGCGCGAUAUCUGCAGACGGGGACACAUCGGCAUCGCAGAAGAGCACAUCAUGGUCGUACACCUUCUGUUGCCUGCAAAGCUGGCAGGAACCAAGAGCUAUUGAUUAUGUUGGGUUGGCUCGGGGUACACCGAGCUUUUAAAAGGAGGAGUGGGGGGGAAGAACUGUCUUUGCACAAGUGAGUGGAGUAUUAAACAUCUGUGCAGCGCUGGAGGAGAUGAAGCCCAGCUGGACAUGCUUUGGUUGUCUGGGUCCGGUCCCAGCUCAGCAAGCUAUGCAGCCAGAGGGAACCAGAGGUCUGGCCCCCAUUUAGCCCAUUAGUUAAGCAUAUGAAUCAUCCCAACUGGUUUGUCUCUUUGGAAGCAUGGGCCCAGGGAAAGGCGGAAGGGUUUUUGCUGGAGCCUUCUGCCUUGAAUGGAGCCCACAACUGUGAUUUUUCCUGGGCACAGGCCAGCACGUUCGGUCCCUCGCAGUACACGCAUGCCCCAUUUUCUAUGUGAGUACUUAGUAAAGCCCACAAGCAGCUUUUCUUGGGUUGCAUUGUUCCAUCUCUGGGGUAUUUCUUGUAUAUUUAACACUGCUUUUCCUGCAGC